AUGCAGUGCAUGGGAACCAGUUAUGAGGGAUGUCUCGUUAAUGGGAGGUAGGAGUUACUGUAUCGUAGACUGGAAACUUGUUUAAACGUUCAUAAUGAUCAGGUUUUAUGUCAACCGUUUUUAGCAACGUUAAUCCUUUAAAGGCUGGAUCUCAAAUAAACGCCGACCUUAAUAGUACAGUUUUAAAUUUGCUCCACACGUAUUUAUUCGUGAUUUGAUGUCAUUAAGAGAAGCAAAAUUGUGUAAUAUGUCAAAAAAGGAUACAGAGAAUAAUUUAUUAUAAAUCAAACAUUGAUAAUGCUGAUAAAUUUAGGAUGUAAAUCCAUUCACAGUGCGUUAUAAACGUCUCUCGAGAAUCAAAUUUCAUAUUUUUAUUUUGCGGAGCAAACACUUGCCAAAAUACUUGUUUGAUUUCAAUGGAGGCGUUCUCUAUUGAUUUCAAAAUCAGCGUGUGGUAUUUUAAGCAAAAUUAACAUAAUCUACCUUUUCUUUAGCAGUCGUGUUUUUGCCAAGACACUUCGACGCCUCAAACGUUUAAUUUUGUAAAUAAGAAUACUAGGCGGGUAUGGCAGUUCAUGAACUGUUAUUGGAGAGAUGUAAACUAGGAACAGUGCAUUAAGGUCAUUUAUUACAGGAAUAGAUAUUUUCAAUUAGCGCUUUUGCCAAACGAUAGCCUUGAGGCAACCAAUGCCUUACUGCAGUUUGAUUUAACCUUCUUAUUUUCUUUUUGAUUUAUUUUUUAAUAAGAAUGGACGAUGCCGAAGCAAUCUACACAUUUCCAAAAUACUUUAGGAGUGAAUACCAAGGGACUAUACAGGACGGCAUGUAGGUAUAUUUUUGUUGGUUUGGUUACUUAUUAAUUUGAAUUGUAAACGUGUUGUGGACCUUAGUGCUUUUAGCAAGAAAGGCUUCUUUGAUCGUAAUGUAACCCCAAGAAUUACUAGCAAAUUCAUUGCACCACGUUGAUGCGAGCAACCUCGUUCCCAGGGUUCUCUCCUACCCGCCCUACGCUCCGUAGGGCGGGUAGGAGAGAACCCUGGGAACGAGGAUGUGAUACGAGAGAAUGGAAGUCCCCACUCUCUUCAUUGCAUCCCUAAAAGUAUGUGAUAUCAUUUUAAAUUCCAAGUCGAAAGCCUAUUACUUGCUCUUACUGGAGAUAUGUGAAGUCAUUUAAAAGGCAGCCAUCUGAAAAUUCCGAUUUAUCAAAAAUAAUAAGAUCUUAAUGUCAUUUGCGACGCUUAACUUAAACCUGUGAGAUAUUGUUUUGAAUUGAAAUACUAUCGUUAAUGUUUUGUGCACAAAAGAUGCGCGAAAAAACAGUUUUCACCAGGGCAGUAGUGAAAUGUAGUAGUGUAGUUUGGGUUAAGAAAAUUAAAAACAAAAAGAUCUAACAGUCAUAAGAUCGACCUUCCGCCCUAAUCAUGUAAAAGAAGAGGCGUGAUUUUGGAAUCCAGGAAAUUUUUGCUUGUAGAAUCCGGAAUCCAACAAAUUUUGGCCAUAGAAUUUGGAAUCUGAGGCCUUGAAAUAUGGAAUAAAGCUCACAUGGAAUCCGGAACUACCCACCCACUAACGAUUGGCUGGAAUCCUAGAAUCCAAGUUCCAUCGACAAAGAAACCGGCCGGAAUCCAGUACCUGGAAUCCAUAAUCCACGACGUGGAAUCCAGAAUCCAAAUCUUCCUUGGAUUCUCUUACGUGGGGCAAGACCCUCAGUAAUCUAAAUAUCAUAACAUGUGCAUAGACUCGGAUAUCCGUGACUAUGAUGUUACGCAGUUUAGUACCAUAUUUCAUUUGUCUAGGGGCAAGUGAGCAUGCUUUUGGCCUUUUUUGUCUCGAUAGUUAAGUAGACUGACUUGAAAUAUAUGACAGCAAAUCAGUUUUCUUAUAGGUUUCAUGGUGAAGGGAAACUAAAGUUUCCCGAAGGAGUCAACUUCAUGGGAAAAUUUGAAAAGGGAAAGACCAUUGAGGUAAGCUAACGUUUACGCCCCGGGCAAAGUACAGUAUGAACCGGCAUCUCCCUCCAACAAUAUUUAGCUAAAUUAACUAAAUGCCCCAUUUACACCAAAGCUUAAACAGUUUAAAAGCUGGUUUAAACUUGUUAUCUUUAUAAGGCUUCUUACUGUACUUUUGUUAAUGGUUAAUUUAGUGCAAUUCAGUGUCACAUGCGUGUUGAAGUUCAUUCGAAUCCUAUUUUAAAGCCCGUGUAAGAGUUUAAGUUUUCCAUCACUUAUUCAUUUUUUUUAACCUAGUUUAAUAAAACAUGCUUAGUUUGUGUAAAGCCAGGCAUGUAAGCUUUCGUCAUAAAUUGCCCGCUAGUAUAGAUUAUUUAUGGAGGAAAUCGCCAAAACAUAUCAAACCUCAGUUUUUUAAUUUUUCAACUCGUAUCCACGCUAGGCUUUUUUUAAAAUAAAUAUCUUAGUAUGUUAGAGGAAACACCCUGUUAAUCACUACCAAAAGGACUGUUCUCGAGUGUGGUGCUGACACCUAGUUGGAUCUAAGUUUAAUUUUGUUUGUUUUUAUUGGUUUCUUUAAGGGUUACUUUGAAUUUGCGGACGGACUGAGAUAUAACCUUGAUAUGUGGGAUUACUGCAAUGGUGACACGGAUAGAGCUUUUAAAUCCGAAGUUGAAAAUGGACUGAAACCAGCAGGUAGCUAAUAUAAGAGACUCGGUGCCCUUCACUAAGGGUCGUAUCAUCGGUUUACGGUCGUUUCGCCAAAGUCCUGGGCUGAGUUGCUCCAUUAGUUAACCAUUAAUUAAGCAGUAUCAAAACCAAUACGUUGUCAAGGUAUUAAACGCUGGUUAACGCUAACCAUGCUUCGAGCAACUGGGCCCUGUUCGGUAACUUCUGAAGUUUUUUCCCGUACGUGUUGAGUCGCCGAAAACGCUUCAAAACGGCCUGAGACGCGGGCAAACAACAAAGAAUACAACAAGGCAAUAAGGUACGUCGAUUUUAUUUAAAAACAUAACAUUUUUUAUCUCUUUAAGAAAAACCGAUCGAUCCCAUACAAGCCUUUGUAAAUAACCGUUUGUAACACAACACCGCUCGCAAGCAAGAGUCACGUCCGCGUUCAUGUAAUGAGUUUGGGCCGCCUGUGGCCUGAUUAGCGCAUGAAACAAUGAGGUAUAGAAAUGCGUGUCGCACUUUUUUGUAUCAUCCCUGAGAGAACGAAGCAUAUACAUGCGCAGAACUCGUCAUUCGCUUCUUAGCGGAACGACAUAAGACGUUAGCGAAACAUCCUCAGAGACCCAGGGUCAGAUAGUGGGGGCGAAGGAAAGUCUAAACGGGCGGGAAAAUAUGGCACAAAGAAAAGUAAAAAACGGCGAGAAGAGCCCCUGGGGACAAAUCGUUGUUACUUGCAACACUUGCACGUUUUUGUGAGUGUAAACUUUGAAAUUAAUUUAAAAAAAACCCGUUUGUAUAAUGAGCAUUAUCCGAGAAUUUUAGUGACUUUUUGGCCCUUUUUGGGGGAGACCGAGCAUUUUAGUAGGAAAAAUGGAGCAUUAAGGUGGAGCAUUUUAGUGGGGAAGCAAAAGCAUAAUGUACAAAAGCCUAACCAGUUCCAAACGGUCGUCGCUGUUCUGGCUUCUGAUUGGUGGCAGAAAACUUGUGUUUUUCUAGCACCAGUCAGAAGCCAGAACGGCGGCGACCGUCUGGAACUGGUCUGGUAAGACAUUGUCCCCAGGGGCUCUUCUCGCCGUUCUUUACUUUUCUUCGUGCCAUAUUUUUCCGCCCGUUUAGACUUUCCCUCGCCCCCACUAUCUGCCCCUGGGUCUCCGAGCAUGUUAGCGAAACGGCUUGUAGACGAAACGACCGCUCACCGUAUCAUCACGUGUUUGUUAUCCUCGCUAUCAGCUGCGAAGAUAAUAGAAGACAUUUCUCAGGCGAUGCUCACACCCUAUCGGACAGCUUACCCUGGCGAAACCAAAAGCUAUCUCGGUACUCACAGUAUGAACACAAUGUACCCAGUAUCCCGGCGGCGCGUGAUUCUCCACUUUAGAGAUCAGCGCGGUAUAUAUAUAACUUGGCUCCGUUACAGAAACUACGCCGAAAUUACCGUUCUUACUGGGUGAACAGAAGUCCUCCUAUCCGGGAUGGUUGUCGUGUCGGCCCAAAUUAAAGCUAUCUGGAUGGUGUGAAUAUAGCCUCAAUGGCUAUCCAGACUUUGUUGUUAGUAUCGACUUUUUGGAUACCGAUUAAAACAUUACACUGUAUUUAGGAUAUUUGAUAAAAUUAAAUAAUUAGUUUCUUCAAAAACUGCGAAAACGUUAGAGAGCUUUUCAAUGACGUUUGACGGCAAACGUGAAUUUUACCACGUGACCAAAAUUUCCCUUUACUUGCCUUUUACUUCUAAUUGUUCUAAUAACUUUUACAAAAAAAGUAGUUUCACGGCAGUUUUGUUUUUAAUAAGAAUUAGUUUGCAUAGUUUUCACCUUCUCAUUUUCUAUCUUGGGAAAUCUUCAACUUGAAUCUGCCCUUUUUCCGUUUGCCGUAAGCGUGACUCUAAAUAGACAGUUUAAGCUUCACGUAUACGGUAAACGGCAAACGUCAGAUUCAAGUUGAUAAUUUCUGAAAAUAGAAAGUGAGCAGAUAAAAACAGCUCAGAAAAUUCUUAUGGAAAAAAAAUUGCAUGAAACUACUAAUUUGUGUGUAGAAAUAAUGAACAGUACGCGACAAGCAAAGGGAAAACUUGGUCACGUGGUACAAAUUUCGCGUUAGCCGUUUGAUGUAAACGUGAUGCUUAACCUCUCUACUCUAAAUCUUUCUUCUAACAAGGUUUUAUUUGUUUGAAUGCUAGGACGAUCACAACUGUCUAAUGAGCAUCCACCUCUGUCCAUUCCAGAAGGCAUGUACGACUGUGGAGAUGGGUUCUAUGAUCCCAUCAAAAGAACUGUCAUCAAUUACGACUCUGUCUUUCUUCGAAAUACAGGUGCGGGUUAAAGUAACAUGUAGUUUGCCACUACGCAUGCGCGAGCACACAUCGACCUGUAGUAUGACAAGGUAUUGUUAGACACCUCCCCCCUCCCACCCCCCCUUACAAAACGACUGGGUGUACCUGAGAGUGGCAUGCACCUCCAGUAAACAGCUGUCCCAUGGUGGGUGUUGUGUAAAAAGAUUUCGGAUGAAUAAAAAUUGGACAAUCAUUUUGGUUUUUUCACAGAUGAAAAGGAGCACUACUGGAUAGUAAACCACUGUAGAAAGGAAUGGGAUGAGCCAGUUGGCACAAGAAGAAUUCAUUAG